CAUUAUUAUGCGACCAAUUCUCAGAUACCCGGCCCUUACUUCAGUCCUGUGCCCAACGGAACGCCUAUUGCUAUGACUUCUCACAAAGAGAUGAACAAAAUGAGAGCCUCGGGUCCGGGUGUAGGUGCCGGCAAGUCCUCCAAAUCCAAUCAUAACCAUAACGACAUCAGACAACCAUUUUAUCCGCCUUCCAAUCCAUAUCCAGAGGUUCCGCAACUGAUUGAUCCAAACCGACCGCCGGUGACCGACGGAAUGGGUCCCCAAAUGUUUACUCCGGGAUAUCCAGGAUUUCUGCCACACGGGAGUCCAUUCCCGCCGCCACCCAUGUAUAUCAUCGCCACACCUGAAGGUUCUUUCAUCACAUAUGGCGUCCAAAUGGCCACUCCUGGAGUGCAAAUGCCUCGACCUUCGAGCCCACACACUGUUCCUAACGUCGACUCAGACUCAGCCAACGCGUGUAAAGUGCCUUCAAAUGAUGGUAACGGUUCCAACUGUUCCAAUGAGCCUCUCGAUGACGAUAUUAAUGAUGUGAGCGAUGAGCCCAUCGACGAACUUGCGCUCGAAUCCAAUGAUUACAACGAAGACAAUGAGAUGAAUGAAACGGAAACUCAUAAUCAUUUAAAUAAUGAGACAAACGUUGAAUUUAGUGAAACUGACGUGAAUUGUGUGAAUCCUGUGAGUCCUGUGAGUGAACCGGAGAUUAAAGUGAUUGUCAAAGACGUGACAAACACUACAAGUGCUGCCAUUUCGACGCAAACUACUAGUUCAACGACAGCGGCCGCACCAGUGGUCUGGGGCUCCAGUAGUCAGAAAUCGUGGGCCGACCUCUUCAAAGACGGCUCAGCUAUUCACUCAUCGACUCUCUCAUCGCAAACAUCCGGUGGUGCGACCACUGGCCCUAUAAUAGUCAGCCAUAACUACAAUAAUGUGAAUCUAUCUGAAAGUGACAGUCAUCUGAAUUCUAGUGGUGUUAUCAGUGAAAGUGAGGCUCAAAUCCAAUGCAUUCCUAUGCGCAACGACUCGUUCGCCAGAAAAUUAUCCAAAAAAAACUCCAUUUAA